AAGUAAUCCAAGAUUCACUUGACCCGCCUCCAAGUCCUGGACGCCUCUGUUGGCCGCCCGGCCUGUCGAUGCAGGGUUUACCGUUAUUCAAAUUCAGAUACGUAUAUACGUUCCUCUGAGAUCCGUUUGUGUUGUUUCAAACACCGUCACGCGGCCUCAUCAAAUGAAUAUCUUGAACUCAAGCCAGACCACUACUUUACCGCAAGUCAUGAACUACACAGGGGCUCCCUUAGUUCCUCACUCUUCCAGCAAGUAUCAUCAUCCCUACUUUACGCCGGACGAAGUAUCCUAUCUUUCCGAAAAGCAACGCGGGAAAUUCUCUGAGACCCAGGAGGAACGCGUUCGACAAAGUGCAUGCACCUUUCUUGAAGCGCUGGGGUCUCGCAUCGGAUUCCCGAGACGAACGACAGCGACAGCGCAAAACCUCUACCACCGCUUCCAUCUGUUUUUCCCUCGUAAAGAUUUCAGUUAUGUGGACGUUUCCCUGGCAUCCCUGUACGUUUCCACGAAGAUGCACGACACCCUCAAGAAGCCACGAGAGUUGCUGGCCGCAUCGUAUGCUAUACGCUUCCCGGAUCUCGUCGCGAAGUCGAAGCAUCCAGGAGGAGAAAUCGACAUAGACUCGAUGGAUCCCGCAGUCGUUGAGCGAGAUCGCCAGCGCAUACUUUCAGUGGAACGGUUGCUGCUUGAGACGAUAUGCUUCAAUUUUACAUCGCGGAUGCCCUUUCCCUACGUCAUCAAAUUAGGAAGAGCUUUUGGUGCUGGUAAAAUGUUAACGAAGUUGGCUUGGAGGCUGACGCUUGACUGUCACCGCACGCUGGUACCCAUCCAGUAUCCACCCCACGUCGUUGCGCUCGCAGCGAUCUACACUGCUGCGCUGCUGUUGUCUUUCGAGCAGCCUGCCGUUCGGGAGGACGAUGCGACCAAGUCUCCGCAUGAAGUCGCAGAGCUUUUGGGCGCAAACGGGUCAUGGGAGGAAAAAUAUCAGGCGCAGGUGGAUGAUCUUGAGAACAUCGCUCAUACCGUGAUCGACCUGUUGAGUAAGCUCUCACAAACCGGCAUCAAUACUUCCCCCAGCACGCCAUCCUCCCCGUCUCCAAACCCGUCUCCACGAACACCUCGUCCCGAAGCCCAGCCUCAACCGCCAGAGAUGUACAAGGCCGACCGCCUGACACGUUUGAAAAUCGCCAUGCGUGCAACAGAGCACACACCCCGGACCCGACAACCGCUAGGAAGCUCCGAUCCGAGUGCACUGUACAGCGGAGAGGACAUUGGACUGUUGGGUCGGAAUGAGGGGACCGUGCGGUUUCUGUUUGGGCCUCCCGGGGUCGGAGAUGAUACAACAUGAUUAGAUUUGCAAGGUAUCUGUAGACUAUCUGGCCUGUACAUUAUACUAAAAUAUCAGCGUCGACGGC